CCAGCCGCCAUUACACAUCAAGAAGAAGAAGAACCUAGCUUGCAUGGACGUAGCUUGGACGUAUGGAGAAGUUUUAACGCCGCCAAAUUAGGCUUUUUGCGCCCCACAUCAAACUCCAGCGAACCCCUCUUAAGUUUAAUCUCUGUUCCAGACGUCAAGAUGUUUAACCGACAGACGAGCCUAUGGAUGGGUGAUUUGGACCCAUACAUGGAUGAGAACUUCAUCAAGCAGGCCUUCAGUGCUAUGGGAGAGUCACCGUUUGGAGUCAAGAUCAUCACUCACAGAAUAACAGGUGGCUCAGCAGGAUAUUGCUUUGUGGAGCUGGCAGAUGAAGCAAGUGUUGACCGCUGUGUCCAAAGACUCAACGGAAAACUGGUUCCUGGAUCAAACCCGCCCCGGAAAUUUAAGCUAAACUAUGCCACCUACGGCAAACGGCCAGAAGCAGGGCCAGAGUUCUCAGUGUUUGUGGGUGACUUGGCCUCUGAGGUGGACGACUUCCAACUGCACCAAGUUUUCAAGAAGUACCUCUCCUGCAAGGGAGCCAAAGUGGUCACUGACCAGUAUGGAUACUCCAGAGGUUAUGGCUUCGUCAAGUUUGGGGAGGAGAGCGAGCAGAAGAAGGCGAUUGAGGAGUGCCAGGGUACGAUGCUGGGAGGGAAGCCGCUCAGGCUCAGUAUUGCUGUGGCAAAAAGCCAGAAGAUGAGCAACUACCAUGGGAGCCAGGGCCAGAAUUAUAGCAGCUACAACCAGUCCCAGUCCAGUUACUACAGCAGCAAUAGCAGCGGGGGUCAGGGGGGUUACUACUCUCAGUGGGGCGGCUAUGACCAGUACAGCGGCUACAACAGUGGCUACAACAGUGGCUAUAACAGUGGCUACAACAGUGGUUACAACUAUAACUAUGGGCCCUAUGGAUACCCCCCACCAGGCCAUGUGAUGCCACCUCCUCCCAUGGGGAUGCCGCCCAUGACUACAGACUUAUCAGGAGCUGUAGAGAGCCACGAGGAGUCUGUGGGUUUGGAGGAGGACAAUGCAGAAGAAGCCAUCCCUGAAUGUGAUGUGGAGCAGUGGAACAAAGAUUUUAUGCAGCGCAGCGAGGAGCUCUAUGAUGCCAUGAUGAACUGUAGCUGGGAACCCCUGAACUCUGUUAACUCCCCCAUCCCCUUCUUCCCUUGAUAAUUCUUACAUUUUCCAUUCCCUCCCCAAAACCUUCAAUAUUUCAUUGUGUAUGAUUUUGUGCCCCCACAAAUCUGCCAUCUAACACCACAUAGACACCUUCAAAGCGCCAGCUUCAGUUCACUGUCUCACUGCUUCUGCAACUGAAGGCCAAGAGUACAUUAUGAUGUGCCCCAAUUUAACACAAAUCUUAAUUUAAUUUUAAUGUUUACCAUGUUGGUAAUAUUAAAAAAAAAUGUCAUCAGUGAUGUUGCUGUGCAGUGCAUACCAUUGACACACAUACCAUCUAUAACGUUUAGGAAUGAAAUGCUGAAGCAGUCUUCUCUGCUGGUGACUGGCACAUAGAUCUAGCAAAAUGAAUGGCGCGGCAAUAUUUAGAUAUUAAUGAUGUCACUGAGUCCACUGUCAUUUACGUUUGUUGGUCCAUAUUGAAAUGGUGACACCAGCUAAGCCAAUGUUGUUCAUUGAGUAUGGCCCUGACUUUUAAAGAAGAGAUUUGUCUUUGGAAGACAAAAGCUGAAACUAUGCCUUAACUGUUACUGGCCAUGUACUUCCUGUCAAUCUUAGAUGGUCAUAAAAAUAAUUGUGUUUAUACAGUCUGUCAGGAAGUACGGUCCUCUGGUUCAUUUGUUUUAGAGAACGGAUUUUCCUGAAGUUUUUUUUUUUUUUUUUUUUUUUGAUAGAUUUAAUGAACAUUUUCUGAUUAGAAGUGAAAGCAUGGAUGAUGGUGAUGCUGAGUUGACCCAGCUGCAAUCAACCACAAAUGAAUUGAUUCCUGCUUUCCAGACAAAAGCUUCAUGUUUUUGUAAUGAUGUAAGUGAUGAAUGGUACAACCUCUGAACACCUUCUGAGCGCUGUGAAACUGCAUGUAAUUACUGAGGUUGACAGCUGAUUUGCUGUAUCAGAUGACCAGACAACAUUUCUUCUCUAUUGUUUGAUGGCUAAUCUUUUGUAAAUAUUUUCUGUCUGGAGACGUUUUAUCAAUAAAUUGAAAUUUAGGAGGAAG